AUGUAUGACAGGCAGCCAUUGAUCGCCUAUUUGUUUGUCAAAAGGUCAUCAAAAGGAAAGAAAGGGCAAUCGGAUGGCGGAGAGUCGGGAACUGGUGGUGCGGGCGAUGAUAAGGGCGUUCAGCCUAACCCUCAAUUACAAGCCUCAUCCAGACGUAUGCAACAAACACAGGCACAGGUGGACGAAGUGACUGAAAUCAUGAGAGUCAAUGUGGAGAAGGUGUUGGAAAGGGAUGCUAUGAUCUCACAACUCGAUGAACGGGCGGACGCACUGAAAGAAGGGGCCGAGAUGUUUGAGAAACAGGCCGGUGCUCUCAAGUCCAAGUUCUGGUGGAAAAACAUGAAAAUGAUUGCAGUGAUGGUCGGCAUUGGACUCGUCUUAGUAUUGGUUAUAUUCGCGUGGAUGUCAAGCAAAUAA